AGCCACCAGAUGUCCUAGAUGUCUUAGAUGUGAAGUGGGUGGUUUCUUCAUAUUUCGCUGUGUAGUCCCACAGGACAGGAGUUUCUGAAGCAGUUUCACCGGUCGAAAUCUCGUUACGAGUGGAUAACAAAAAGAGAAUGCCGGCCGUCAGAGGAGAUGGUAUGCGAGGCCUGGCCGUCUUCAUUUCAGACAUUCGAAAUUGCAAAAGCAAAGAAGCCGAAAUUAAGCGGAUUAACAAGGAACUGGCCAACAUACGAUCGAAAUUUAAAGGGGACAAAACAUUGGAUGGAUAUCAGAAAAAGAAAUAUGUUUGCAAGUUGUUAUUCAUUUUUCUGUUGGGACAUGACAUCGAUUUCGGCCAUAUGGAAGCCGUCAAUCUACUGUCGUCCAACAAGUACACCGAGAAGCAAAUAGGCUACCUUUUCAUCUCGGUGCUGGUAAACACUAACAGCGACCUGAUUCGCUUGAUCAUUCAGAGCAUAAAGAAUGACCUAGCUUCACGAAAUCCAAUUCAUGUAAAUUUGGCACUUCAGUGCAUUGCCAACAUUGGGAGCAAAGAAAUGGCAGAGACGUUUGGUACAGAAAUCCCGAAACUGCUUGUGUCGGGAGACACAAUGGAUGUUGUUAAGCAAUCGGCUGCCCUCUGCCUUUUGAGGUUGCUACGAACGUGCCCAGAAGUCAUACCCAGUGGAGAAUGGACGUCACGUAUCAUUCAUUUAUUGAACGACCAACAUCUAGGAGUUGUGACAGCUGCUGCUUCUUUGAUUGAAGCUCUGGUAAAACGUAACACUGACGAAUAUAAAGGAUGCGUUAGUUUAGCCGUGUCUCGUCUGAGUCGGAUCGUGACAGCAAGUUACACAGACUUACAGGACUACACUUAUUACUUCGUACCAGCUCCUUGGCUGUCUGUUAAGCUUUUGAGACUACUUCAAAAUUAUCCACCACCGGAGGAUGCCGGCGUUCGUGGACGUCUAACUGAAUGCUUAGAGACUAUCUUGAACAAGGCGCAAGAACCGCCGAAAUCGAAGAAAGUACAGCAUUCCAAUGCUAAAAACGCGGUGCUUUUUGAGGCAAUCAGCCUAAUCAUCCAUGCAGAUAGUGAUGCAACAUUGCUUGUUCGUGGAUGUAAUCAACUCGGCCAAUUCUUAUCCCACCGUGAAACGAACUUGCGAUACCUAGCGCUAGAGUCGCUUUGCCUGUUGGCUACUUCAGAAUUUUCGCACGACUCUGUCAAAAAGCAUCAGGAGACGGUCAUCAAUGCACUUAAGACGGAACGGGAUGUAUCGGUUCGUCAACGAGCUGUGGAUCUUCUGUAUGCCAUGUGCGAUAAGAGCAACGCCGAAGAGAUUGUCCAGGAAAUGUUAAAUUAUCUCGAAACUGCCGACUAUUCUAUUCGAGAAGAAAUGGUGUUGAAAGUAGCUAUUUUAGCUGAAAAAUACGCCACAGACUACACGUGGUACGUCGAUGUUAUUCUCAAUUUGAUUCGCAUCGCUGGUGACUACGUUUCCGACGAAGUCUGGUUCCGCGUUAUCCAGAUUGUUAUUAACAGAGAUGAUGUUCAGGGUUACGCAGCUAAAACAGUUUUCGAAGCUCUUCAAGCGCCAGCGUGCCACGAAAAUAUGGUGAAAGUAGGUUCCUAUGUUUUAGGGGAGUUUGGCAAUCUUAUUGCCGGAGAUCAACGCUCUUCCCCCGCUGUCCAGUUCCAACUUCUACAUUCCAAAUACCAUCUUUGUUCGGCCAAUACUCGCGCUCUUCUUCUGACCACAUACGUUAAGUUCGUCAAUUUGUUUCCGGAAAUCAAACAUCUCAUUCAGGACGUUUUCAAAGCUGACAAUAAUCUACGUAGCGCUGAUGCUGAGCUACAGCAACGUGCUUCCGAAUACCUUCAACUUAGUAUUGUUGCCUCCACGGAUGUUCUUGCAACUGUUUUAGAAGAAAUGCCUCCCUUCCCUGAACGUGAAUCUUCAAUCUUGGCAAUAUUAAAGAAGAAGAAGCCGGGUCGUGUGGCCGAGCCGGGAGCACCAGGAAGCGAUGGAGCUACUCCUAAAGAGCGAAAAAGCCCUGCGUUGAAUGCCGUGACGAAUCACGCGAAUCAUAAUACUAGUGGCCAGAGCAACGAUCUUCUUGGUCUGGCGUCUCCUUCUGCACCGACAACGACACAAAAUCCUGCUCCAUUAGUCGACAUGCUUGCCGAUGUGUUCAGCUCAGCGUCCCCGCCGAGUGUCAAUAAUGGAUUCGGUUCUUCAUUCCAACCGAUCGACAAUUUGAAGAAGUUCGCAUGCAAGAAUAACGGAGUGCUUUUUGAAAACGAUCUGCUACAAAUUGGAGUCAAGUCCGAAUUUCGUCAGAAUCUCGGGCGUAUCGCGCUAUAUUUCGGCAAUAAAACUUCAUUCGCACUACAGGGGUUUUCUUCUUCGGUGGGUACUCCAGGAGAUCUGGCAACAAAACUGAUUCUUCAAGUGAAGCCCGUCGAUGUGAACGUAGAUGCAGGCGCACAAAUUCAACAGCUGGUCAACGUCGAAUGCGUCGACGAGUUCUUGGAAUACCCGACGCUAACUAUUCUCUUCCUUUACAACGGAGUGCAACAGCGGUUGAGUUUGAAGUUGCCGUUGACGAUUAAUAAGUUUUUUGAACCUACCGAGAUGAACUCGGAAGCAUUCUUUACACGUUGGAAGAAUCUCAGCGGAUCCAAUCAAGAAGCCCAGAAAAUAUUCCAAGCCACUCAACCGAUCGAUGCAUCUCAUAUUCGCACGAAAUUGAUCGGCACAGGUAUGAAAUUGCUAGACGGUAUUGAUCCGAACCCGGAAAAUUACGUUAGUGCUGGCAUCAUACACACUCGAACGCAACAGAUUGGUUGCUUAUUACGGCUCGAACCCAACCGUCAAGCCCAGAUGUAUCGGCUGACGAUUCGUUCAAGCAAGGAUUCGGUGGCAAAGCUGAUAUGCGAGCUUCUGUGCGAUCAGUUUUGAUCAGCAGGCAGGUGUGUGUAAACUGAACUUAUAUAGCAAUGGCAACAGCUGACAUCUACCUACAUAAGAAAGGGGGGAAUAAUUAUCGUUGUUCGAAUGACCGAAGAUUUUUUCUGAAAACAACUUUUAAAAAAAUCUUCACUCGUCAAACAUGUUUGUAAUAGACAAACAAUUUCUUUUUUGAUGGUGGCUCUACCGACAAAAAACUUAAAAAAUCGGUCAUUUCUCCUCCCCCUGCCCCCCUUCCUCUCUUUUAAAAGAAAAAUCUGUUUGAAAUUCCCAAGUUAAAAAAAAGAUUUCUUAGUUGUCUUGUGCACUUUAUAUCCCGCUUUACCAAUAUUAUCUCCUUGUACUUUGAAUUCCGGUGACUGAGGUUGAUUGAAUUCAUUCUUACCCUCGGCAUCAUAAGGAAAACAAUUUAGCGCGGCGUAAAGAUAAGCUAUUUUUCUUUGUGCAGUUCUACUGUUUGUCGUACUUUAGUUUUUUUGUUAUUUUCUUCAUUGUUACUUAUUUAGCUGUUUAUUCUCAAACGCCCCUACUCUCUAUACCCCGGACUCUUUUCUCCCAACCAGAACAACAAAAAAGGCAAAAAAAAAAUAAUAAUAAAAAAGUAAAAUACACUGUGCACGUGUUCUCUGUUGAA